AUGACCCUUUUCUUGUUUUUCCGUUCACUAUCGAGCCGUGCUGCGAGGAAGCUUCCGGAAGCUCCUGUGCAGACGAAUGAGGAAUUUAGUUUCGAGACGGGCCCUAAGGAGGAGCUGAGGCCUCCAUCUCCCAUGCGUUCGUUCACUGAAGCUGAGGUGCUUUCGACAGUGAUGAAGAAGCUUGGAGAGCUCGAGGAGAAAGUGGGGUUGUUGGAAUCGAGGCCUUCUGCAAUGCCGUGCGAGAAAGAGGAGCUACUCAAUGCUGCCGUUUAUCGGGUGGAUGCUCUCGAAGCUGAGUUGAUUGCCACCAAAAAGAUCUUAGCUAUGUUUUCUAGAGCUGACAUUAAGGGGUUACCUUAUAGGGCUGUUGAAUUUCAUAGACGUCGCUGUGGGGACGAACAUAUCAUAAUAUUCAUGACCAAUCACAAAGAAAAGCUCGACCCGGCCCUUUUACGGCCCGGUCGCAUGGAUGUCCAUAUCCACAUGUCCUACUGUACUUCAUGUGGCUUCCAAUUGUUGGCAAAAAACUACCUACACCUGCUUAUGCCCAAAGCCGAGUCACUAAUAGCUUCAACCAAAGUAACCCCAGUUGAAGUUGGCGAACAGCUUUUGAAAUGUGACGAUCCUACAAAUUCGCUCGAGGGCCUUAUUAAGUUCAUCGAGCAACAAAAGCUAAACUUGGAUGUGACUAAUGGCGUUGAGUCGAACUUGGAGACUGGUCUCGGUUUUGACGGGCUUAAUAGAAUCUUGAAGAAAGCUAAAGAAGCUCCUGAGGAGAUGAGUAAAAGGAUACUUAAGAAAGAUGAGGCUGCUAAUGCCUUGAAAAUCUUGAUUGAGUUUCUUGAGGAGAUUGGAGCUAAGAUUGUGGUGCGAGUUUCGAAUCUUCUGCUGCGUUUGUCUUGGAAUCUGGUAAACAAGAUGAGAUCGAAACUGAAGUGUGAAAUGAGAAUGGUGAGAUUUUGGUUUUGA